CUAGUUAUUUUGCCAAUUUUGGAAAGCAUGUUAUAUGCAUAGAUCAUGUUUUGCCGAUUAAGAUGUGUUAUUUGUACUCAUUUUGUCUUAUACAUUGAGUUAACACACAGUCACACACCACUAAUCUGGUGUCAGAAUCGUGUGUCGACUCAAUGUAUAAGACAGAAUACUAAAAACAACUCUGUCUACCAUUUAAUCGCGAUUGUAUAAACUUGUCUAUUUCUCAGAAACUGUACACACUAUGGCCAACCGUGGUGGCGAAAAGAAAUGUGGAUGGAUAGAGAGAAUAAAAUCUGAAGGAGCUGUUCCAUAUCUUGAAUCAGAUAACAGUUCAAAUUGUUGGUUUACACCUCCUGGAUCUGCAUUCCAGGUUAGAGGUUCUGAUUACUUGAGAACAAAGGUUAAGAUCCCUGGUGGUGAUUAUCUGCUACAGCCUAUUGGAUUUGAUUGGGUCAGAGGUUCUGUGAAAAUAAAUGAGAUUUUGAGAAAUCGAAACAACCUAGUUAGGAAGAUCAUUGAAGAGGAGUUUCCAGAUAGUGAUAAUAGGCCUUUUAUUUGGGCAUUCAACCUUCAACUUCCAACCAAGGAUAACUAUUGUGCUGUCAUGUAUUUCGCAUCCAAAGAACCAUUCCCUGAAGGUUCCUUGGUAGACAAGUUUCUGAAAGGCGACGAUGCGUGGAGAAAUUCGAGGCUUAAGUUGAUUGCUAACAUUGUUAAAGGUCCUUGGAUUGUAAAGAAGGCGGUGGGCGAGCAAGCAAUAUGCAUAAUUGGGAGAGCACUUGCUUGUAAGUACUGUGUGAGAGCAAAUUUCAUAGAGGUAGACAUUGAUAUUGGAUCUUCCAUGGUUGCAACUGCAAUAGUUCAUUUGGCAUUUGGCUAUGUGAAAACUUUGACUGUUGAUCUGGCUUUUCUUCUUGAGGGCCAAACUCAAUCUGAGCUACCGGAGAAACUGCUUGGCGCGUUGAGGUUUUGUAGCCUUGAUCCUGCUUCUGCUACACCAAUUUUGCCUUCACCUUCCAUGAGCAGCAGUUCACUAAACCGAUCUUUGUCAAUGAGGUUAUGGAAGUCUAUAGGGAAUAUUCUUCUUCCAGGUUCUCAAGAAGAUGGUUUUGCUUCUCCUCCUGCAUCUCAAAGUGCUGCCACAAAGGAUAUUCAUGUGAAGAAAUGAUAUACUGAAGGUUUUGAAGGGAAAUGGAGAGUUUCCAUUAAAGUUGGUUAUUCUUUUCACAAUUUCUUUCCUAUGGUCGAAUCCAAAGCAUCAUCCAUUGCAAGAGCUAGCUCUUAGUGUUAUCGUUAUUAUUAAUAUCAUUACUAUUUAUUUAAUAUUUUUUAUAUGGCUGCAGAAAAAUACACUUCCCUCAAUUCUUUUUAGCUGGAUAUAUAGAUCUUUCUUAGUAAUAAGCUUAUGAAAAUUUUUAUAGUUGAGAGAUUUUUUGUUAUUGUCUUUGGGGCAUACCUGUUUUUUGGGAAUUCAGAAUUGCCUCAACUUUUAUGGUGCUACAUUGUGUAAAUUAUCUUUAACAGUGAUUCUAGUAGUUAUAACUUUUAAGUAUAAUUGGCGACUUAAAUCAAAGGAAGAAAGAAGCAACCUCGAGAUUUGGCACAAAAACAUAGAUAUAUAGAUAUGAUCUAAUAUUUUCUUGUGACAUCUAUCAUAAGUUAAAUCUACAUUUCCAAAGCUUUGAAAAAAAAAAACACAAACAAACAACCAACUAUUAUACCAAUAUUUCUAAA